UCAGUCCACGAGACGCGUCGCGCGCUCAGGCGAGAAAGAGCUGCUGAGUGAUUUCUGUAGCUGUGUUGAGAAGACGUGUCUUAAAGUUACUGACUUUAAAAAAAAAAAAAAAAAAAAAAAACACUUUCAAACUCGAGUUUCUGUUGUAUGCGGGGACUCCGACGGCACAAGCCGCUAAAUGUCACUGGAGGCGUAAGUUUGACUUGAUAUCGCUGAAUUUGUGAUGGACGGCGGAGGCUGUCGUUUAAAUGGCGGCGCUGGAGGAGACGGUCAGGGGUCAGGACCUCAGCAUGGCAUGAUCACGCUGGAGGAUCUCGAGGCUUUCUCUGAAGAUCAGCUCUCCGACUCCGGCACAGGCAGUUUUGAAGAGAGGGAGAUGAUGGAGGAUGAAGAGCAGGACAGACUGCUCAGUUACUGGCAGGACGUGGCCAGAGGACACCGAAUAGAAGUGCCCAGAGAUAUGGCAGAACCCAUUCAGCAACUAACAACCAAUAAUAAUGGCACACACCAGCGGGAAACAGUUCCCUUCACACUUAUCUCACGCAAGGAGAAGUGUGGGGACGUACUUUAUGAGACGCGCCACUACGACAAAGCACACUGGGCCUGCAUCACUGUUAAAGAGGACACGUACGAACAGAGCAUCGGCUACGGCUUCAUGAAGAUCAUGAGAUACAUUUGCCAGCAGAAUUCUUUAGGCAUUUAUCUGGGCAUGACCAUACCCAUCUUGACAGUGGUGCGCACAGAGGAGGCAAACACAAGCAUGUCUGGAGCCAUCACUGUAGCAUACUAUCUGCCCUCAAACCACCAAGCUCAGCCUCCACAGCCUCUUGACCCUGACAUAGUGAUUGAGGUGUGGCCAGCCACGACAGUCUACACCAGGGCCUUCACGGGUGCUACAAACGAGACAACCCUCAUGAGUCAGAGCAACACUCUGGCAGAAAUGCUGGAUUCUCCCGGGCUGUAUGUCACCGACUCCUUCAUCAUAGCUGGCUACACCAACCCCGCAGCUGCACACCGUGUUAAUGAGAUAUGGUUCAUUCAGAGGCAGUGAAGGGUUUCCCCUGGAAACACCUGUCCCUGCACCUGCUUAGUUGCCCCAAUCUACAGCUUGAACAAGCACACUGUCCUGCGUUACAUGAGGAACAGAUCAACAGAAAACAGGGUUUGAGACAGUGAAAAGGAUGUCCUGCACCAGGCUUUGUCAGACCUGCCAAGCAUGAAGAGGAACAAUGCAUAGCUGAAGGAGAUGGAUGGGUGGUAGGUUAAAAACACAAUCAUUAUAGUACUUUGACAAAUCACUUGAAUGAGAUUAAAAUUAUUUGUAACAUGUUAGAUUGUAUACAUUUUUGCAGGCCUAUUUGUUCUGUUUUAAUUUUUUUUUUUUUUUUUUGGAAAAACUGCACUUUUUGAUGUAAAUUGUUGCGAAAUCAAACAUACACAGAGAUUUUAUUUCACGUUAAUGAACGCAAAACAUUCUCCAAGUACUGUAACUGAAAGAAAGCGGGGGGAAACACUAGGGGAGAUGAGAAAUUACUAAUGUGAGAUGAGGGGAAGGGGGUGGGAAGACUACUCCAAUGUGAUGUUCCUUUACGCAGAAUGAUAUGUAAAAGCUGGCAGGUCAGCUUUAUGUUGUGGAAACAUGAAUAACAUUUUCUGACUGGAUAUCUGUUGACUGUAAUUUCUGUAGCUUUUGUUCCUCAGUAAAACCAAUGUUAUUUCUUUUUUACUGAGCUUAAAAAAAAAAAAAUUGUAUUAGCAUCAUAGAACCCAAUUCCUACUCGGUUCUUGCUCAUCACUUAAAAAAAAAUAAGUACUUACACAUGCUGCAGUCUUGUCUAUGUAUGUUUUCUCCAUGUUUAUUACUGGUUUUCUUUAGAAAGCUAGAGGAAAUGAAUCUUCUGUAGCAAAGUAGCGAAGUAGAAGAAGAGUUUCAAGGAAGCCUUGUUCGUGCUGUAUAAUUAAAAUGGGCUUAGCUUAAUGCACUUUUUUCUUGCGCCACAAAAAAAUGGCUUGUGAUCAGAAAAAAAAGGCGCGUGAUCGAUUAUUCUCAAUAACUGUGACAUUGCUCACAGCACAAGUCCUACAGGAAUUGCCCUAAAAAGUUAAUACAAGAAGAAUGCUUCGGUGGCAGUUGUGUUGGGGCUUUAAAAGUGAAUGAUGUGGAGGCAAAAUUUUCCCCUUAUGCAUGACUAAUAAAUGGCCAUUAAUCACUGAGCUACAGUAGUAGCUUAUUCUUAAUUCAGAGCAAGAAUGUACUUAUGCAGGAAAAAAAGAAUUAACUUAGCAAGAAACAAUACUGUAAACCAAAAACAUCACUAGCAAUAUGUAUGAUGAUCUACCUUAUAAAUCAUGUCUUUUUUUUUUUCUAUCCUUCUGUGUGAAAUUGACCACUCUCACCUUCAUACACUCAUGCUAGUGAUAAUUAGGGAAGUGUAUAUUUUUAAGGGUCACAGUGAUAUAAAAUAGUAGUACUAUUUUUGUUGAAUGUUUUAUUUAUAUUAAUAUAUAUUUUAUGUUCCUAGCUGCAUUUGUGUUUAGAAGUUACUUCUAAACUCUGUUUUAAUGCCUUAUAGUACAACAAUACAAUCAAAGUAUAAUGUGAACAGAUAUUUGAGCAGUUAAAUACUGGUAAAAUGUCAAAUAUUUCUGCAUUAUAGAUAUACUGUAACACUCUGAGAUCAUCUAUCUUUAACUUUAUCUUUCUGCUCUUUUUCACUCUUUUGUAAAUGCUUGCUCUAAAGUCUGUGAAUUGCAAACAAACACUUCUGUGCGUUUCUUGUUUUUUGUUCUUCUGUCUAAAUAAAGAAAAGCAUCAACACUG